AUGGCGUUCCUGAAACACCCGUUUGUGAGGCAGAUACGAAGAAAACCGUUGACUCUCGUGGGUCCCAUUGCCCUACUCUUUGUAAUUUAUUUGUUCUUUUUCUCAGGAACGUCGAAGUCGUCGAAACCAAAAUAUUCCUACAAAAGCAAAAAUCAAAGUUGGUUGAGUCGGGCGAAAAAGGACAGUGUGGUGUUGAAAAACCUCCCCAACAAGCACAUCAGCCACUAUGACUUGAACAAACUCACAGCCACCGCCAACGGCUUGGCCAAUAAAGAGGAAGUGUUGCUCUUAUCUCCCAUGUCCAAGUUUCUUCCCGAGUACUGGGACAACAUAAAUAAACUUUCGUAUGACCAUUCGUUGAUAUCAUUAGGAUUUAUCAUUCCACGCACCAACGAUGGUGACGAAGUGCUCAUCAAAUUGGAAGCAGCCGUCAAAAAAACUCAAGCCGACAAAAAGACUCGGUUUAAGAAAGUCACCAUUUUACGUCAAGAUUCCGAUUCCUUACUGUCGCAGGCUGAAAAGGACCGCCACGCGCUCGCAGUGCAAAAGGAACGCAGGGCAAUGAUGGCGGUGGCCAGAAACUCGCUUGUUUUUUCAACUAUCUCUCCUUCAACUGCGUGGUGCUUAUGGUUGGACGCCGAUAUUGUCGAGACUCCUCCCACAUUGAUCCAAGACUUGAUGCGUCACGACAAGCCAAUUGUUUCCGCCAAUGUUUUCCAGCGUUUCCACAAUCCCGACACCAACAAGCCAGAUAUCAGACCAUACGACUUUAACAAUUGGGUUGAAUCGGAAGAGGGUCUCAAGAUAGCCGCUUCGUUGAAAGAAGAUGAGAUCAUCGUCGAGGGAUACGCUGAAAUGGCUACAUAUAGACCUCUAAUGGCGUACUACUACGACGCCAAAAGUGACAUACACACCGAAAUGGCCCUUGAUGGUAUAGGUGGAGGAGCGGUACUCGUUAAGGCCGAUGUCCACCGUGAUGGUGCAAUGUUCCCAUCGUUUCCCUUCUACCACUUGAUAGAGACGGAAGGGUUUGCCAAGAUGGCCAAAAGAUUGGGAUAUACGGUGUUUGGGUUACCGAACUACUUGGUGUAUCACUACAACGAGUAG